AUGGCUGUGUCCAAUUCAGUCAAGCACUCACCCGCUGCCUCCGUCUCAAGCACUAAGCCUGGCACCACAGGAACGAGCACCAGAAGGACGGUUACAAGACACGUUCCGUGGACACAACAUGCACUACGCCAGCUGAAGCUUGUGCUGCCUGGCGCGGUCAUCACGUACUACCUGGAUACACCCAAUGAUUUCUGGGGUGUGUUGCAAGGAAAUGGAGGAUUUUGGGCCCAGACCACUGCCUUCGCUGCAUCAUGUCUGGGUUUGACAACUAUUGCGUUGUUCCUCUACGUUCUCCUUAUGCCGUGGCUGACGGGAGAGGAACCCAACUAUCAAACCUGGCGAGAUUCCGGGGUGUUGUCGUCGGUGAUACCUCUGCUGACAAGCUCUAUCGUCGUUGGAUGGUUACUCGCUGUGGGUACAUUGGGUCACUGGUCGCGUUCGGGAUACGUGAAAGGAACAAUCGGAGUUUCCGCGUUUUAUGCGCUGACAUUUGGUCUGCUCGGGCUAGUCCCAGUACCAAAAGCCCGCCAGAAAACUAAACUCUGA